ACCCCCGCCCGCCUGGCGCAGCCACCGCCCUCUCCCGGUUCGCCCUCCACGAUCGCCCGGGGGUCUCCCGCUGGGGAGGCCGGCGGGGUCCGCUCCUCCUCCUCCUCCUCCUCCUCCCGCAGCGCCGAGCACGGCGGGGGGCGGCCGCGGGCCCUGCCCAAUCUCGGCGUCCGGGCCCGGCUGCGCGUUGGCUGCCGGCGCCGCCGCCAGUGAGGCUGCGCUGAGGCUGCGGGGCCGGAUGGCCGAGCCGCCCGCCCCGCUCACUCGGGCGGCGGCCGGCGGCGGGCGAGGAGUCGGGGCGAGCCCUCCCUGCCGGGAGAGCCAGCCCUGCGGUACGCAGCGCCAUGGUCUCAUGGAUCAUCUCCAGGCUAGUGGUGCUUAUAUUUGGCACUCUUUACCCCGCAUAUUAUUCUUACAAAGCCGUGAAAUCAAAGGACAUCAAAGAAUAUGUCAAAUGGAUGAUGUACUGGAUCAUAUUCGCACUCUUCACAACAGCAGAGACAUUCACGGAUAUCUUUCUUUGCUGGUUUCCAUUCUACUAUGAACUGAAAAUAGCUUUUGUAGCUUGGCUGCUGUCUCCAUACACAAAAGGCUCCAGCCUUCUGUACAGGAAAUUUGUUCAUCCAACGCUGUCUUCAAAAGAAAAGGAGAUUGAUGACUGCCUCGUCCAGGCAAAAGACCGGAGCUACGAUGCCCUUGUGCACUUUGGGAAGCGAGGGUUGAACGUCGCAGCCACAGCAGCCGUCAUGGCUGCUUCAAAGGGACAGGGGGCCCUGUCUGAGAGACUAAGGAGCUUUAGCAUGCAGGAUCUCUCAACGAUUCGUGGAGACAGCAGCAGCACCGUUCCUCCUUCAGUCACUGUACGAACAAGUAGCAAACAGAGCCAGCCAAAAACAUCCAGAAGUGCAUCGGAAGGCACUGGCAGCUCAGUGUGCACGUGUUGCUCGGUAUGCCGACUCCUCAGAGUCAACCCGGAGACGGCAACAGAGGGACUGAAGGAUCACAGUGCUGCCACCGUGCUGCUGGCUGUGUCACUUCCAGAGUACCAGGGUGUGGACAAUAAGUAUGAAAAGCCACCUGAGACAAACUGUGGAACAAAAGGCUCUGUGUUCUCAGAUGAUGAAGAGAACGAUUCAUUGGAUUGUACAUCCAUGAACAAAAGGCCCAAAAAGAAGGAUCAACCCCUUGAGGCACCGCCUAGGACCCUUAGACCUCGCUUCAGGAAGAAAAGUACCUCGUCCUCUGCCACUGAAACAAUGUGAGUGCAAUGAGCCAAUAGCACCAAGAUCCACAGAAUGUCUCUCUUCUGCCUUAAAGAGCUACUCGUUGAUAAUGUAGGAAACAGCAGUGGGAUGGAUGUGCUUUGAUGUACAGCGUUGUAGACACGGCCUUUCUCUCUCCUCUCUCUGUAUCCUUCUGUUACACGCUUCUCGCGUUUGUCCGUGACGUGGGUAGGACAGUCCAGCAGACACCUGCAGGUUAAGAGUCCUUGUUUCGUUUGCAGAGUGUGCACCCACUCUCGCUAAUCCUGUGAGGUUGUACAUUUACAAUUCUCAUUUGUGUCUGCAUAGCUCUAGCUCUGUGAAUGCACAACGGAAACAAAAAUAAUCAGUUACUCAUGAUGAUACAUUGACAGUGGUUUUAUUUAUGGCUUUAUCAUUAAUGAAGUGGAUUUGCAGAAGCCAUGGAUUUCUCUUUCCUCCCUUCCUCCUCAAGACUGUGAAUGAUAUAACAAAUGCCAAUGUACUUUGACUGUACAAAAUGUCUAAGAUUCAUUAGUGAAAGCUGAGCUGCAACUCUGUUUCUCUUUCUGCAAGUACAUCACCUGUAUUCUGAGAAAACCAUUGUGCUAAAAACCAUAGAGACAGAACCACUUACAGAGGACGAGGAAGAGAUGUGCAAGAGAAAAUAAAUGGUUUCAAUGAUGUAAUGAAGGAGGAGUCUUAAUUUUGAUCAGCCUGAGCCAGGAGAGUAUUGUGUGGAAAAUGAUGGCGGCUAGAAGAGCUAGAUCGCAUCGCUUGUGGCAAAUGUUCUGCUGCCAGUUUUAAAAUGUGAGCAAGCCAGGCUUGUCCCAGCUGCAGCGACAGAAGUUAGAAUCGCUUUAGUGAUGCACUUCCAGGGGAAAACGCAGCUUUCUCCCCUGCCUGCAGCAGCGUCAGUCCCAGCGCUCUGCUCUCCUGGAGAGGUGCUGCUGUUUUACUUGCACGAGCAGGGCAGGGCGCUGGGUCUGAGCUGCUUUUUGAAGCCUGGAGUUUCGCCUGUAGCAUGGAGUUUGGUUAGAACCACAAGAACCAGAUGGAGUGGUGUGUUUGUAUCCAUAUAUAAACGAGAAAUAUAAAAGAAGAGGAAGACAUGGUAGGGUUUGUGUAUUUGUGCUUCGAGUUGGUGUCUCUUGUAAGUGUUGAGCAUGUGAGAUUCACACAUAAGUUAACUACGUGUCCCUUUGUGUUUGCUCUUGGACCUGUCACAUAGACUAGAAAAACAUUUAGCAUUACGUAGAACGUGCCGCCACUAAUGGAUCAGUACACGGGCUUGAUGAUGAACAGUAUUGUUAAUCUAGUUCAGGUGCAGCAGCCCCGGAUGCCAACAGCCGGCUGGAGCGUAUCAGGCUCAGAGAUAAAUCUGAAGUGGCCUUUGAAACCUUUUCUCUGCCGGGUAUGCACCGAUACCCCAGCUGUCCCUGUCUGAUGGAUCCCUGAGGUUUCCCCCAGAGCUUCCUACGUAUGUGGGGAAGAGAGAAAUAAAUUAUGUGCACGCACAAAUGUUUAUCUGACCUGGUUAGGAAGCAGGUAUUUCCUGUGUCUGCCACAAUAUUUGGCUUCAUCACCUGAGAAUUUUAUUUCCUUUACAUGUGCUAAUAUUCAAUCAUAUUUUGCAAUGGGUAAGAAGGAAAAAAAUCUUCAGAAAGUAAAUUGAAAAAAAAAACCCAACAAACCUGUCUAAAUAGCAGUUACAGAAGAGUCAGUCCUUGGAAAAUACUCAGCAAAAGCUUUGAGGAGCUAAGCUUGUGUGUUUUAUUUUUAAGCAGCUUUAGAGUUGAUUUGAUUUCUUUUGGCAAACAUUAAAAAGAAAUAGAAAAACUGCCUGCAGUGUUAGCAGAAAAUAAAAUCCUGUUGCAAGCAAGCUACGUUUCCCUGCUAUGCAAUGGGCUGCCAUAAGAUAAAAAAGCUGACAAGUUUGCACUCAAUUAUGCCAAAAACCCCAACAACAUAGAGCUACGUAACAGCUGACAUUCUAUUCUCUGACACGCUGUAUUAACAUUGAUUCUCACUAAAAUUAUUAAAUGUGCGUCUAAUCUGCUGUUUUACUGUAAACUUGACUGUUUAGCAUUUCUGAAGUGCUGAGGUGAAAUUGUUGACAAGGGAGUUGCCUUAUAUCUCUCAAAACAUUCACUGUAUAAAUGAGAAAAAUAAACCUUUUCAUAUCUCUGGCAAAAAUGUAUUAAUUUAUCAACCGAGCUGUAUAUUUGUGUAUAGAUAGACGAGAAAUGUGAAUGCCUCACCACGUACACUUGGUGCCGUAGUGUUCUGUAUGCAGAAGAGAACGGUCGUUUGCUUUUGAUUCCUCAUCUUCCACACACGGGUUGUUUGCAGGUGUUGCCCCAAGUCUGCCAUGUCACUCUCUGGCUACUCAAACACUAGACAUGUCAAGGCUUUUGUUCCAGUUUUUCUCUUGAGCCUCGGCUAAGGAACAAGCCCGACCAAGCGACUUCGUUGCCUUCCUGCGCUGAUGCCGACCCCUCCUGGCAAAGGAGCGUUUGCAGGGCUUGAGCAAAGGGAGGUGGCCUGGAUGGACGGUGGCUUCUUGUGUUGACGGGGAGCGGUUCUCCGGUGUAAGCCAUCUCACCGCUUGCACGUCGCUCCUCCUCAACGCAAGGCAUCUUUCAGCUGGUGGUUUAAAAUAGCAGAUGUGGCUUAAGUAAGAAAAGCCCGGUUUUGGGGCCUUUCAGGCAGCUGGCCUCUACGGUCAGUUGUCUGGGGCUAGCAGGCACCUCCCGACUUCUCAGAGACGGCCUGGAGAGCGUAAGCCUGCAAGAGCAGGCCAGCCCUAGGAAAUACAGCCUUUAGCCAGCACGUGCAGUUUUGAGCAUUAUUUUUGCAAUAUUGAGGCUGAGGGAAACUGCAUCUGAAGAUGGUCCAUGGAAAAUGGGCCUGUGAAUUACUUCACAAAUUUACCAUAAAUUCACUGCAAUUAUGAGGGGAAUGAGCUCAGAGCAGCUCAGCGCAGUCCUCCACGCCUCCUCUCCUGUCGUAGGGGCCAGCGUCAGCGCAGUUACAGCAGUUGCCAACUGCUGAAUCAGGAUCACAUCAAAUAUAGGCAAGACAGAAUUCAUGUGUAUCACCAUCCCCUUGGAAUUAAUCCCACGCUAAUUUAAAUUGUGCAAGUGCAAACCCAGCACAGAAGGAAAAGAGAAUGUGGUUAUUUAUCCCUAACGAGAAGGAGAAAGCCGCUUGGAGAGAUGCGAUGUUCCCUAGCCUCACGUAAACAACCCGCUGCCUCUGACUGCUCCCUGAAGUGUUCUCACGUCGUGAUGAAACCCUCGUACUUGUGACCCAAUGCUCCUUAAUCACAGUCUCCUUUUUGCUGUUUGUUUCAUUUUGCAUCUAGCACCGUAUUUGAAAUAGCAGAGAACACUACGUUGGGAUUUGCGUUUAGACGAACUAUUUGAGGAUCAUAAUUGUGCACUUCAUGUGAUUUCUUUCCUGUGGUUGGUAGAAAAGAUCCGUGAUGAAAUGGUACACUUAAGGCCUCGCAAGGGUGGCCAUUACAACAGUAUUCCAAAGGUUGAUGUUUUGCUGGUUUUGUUAUACUGCUUGAUAUACAUCUUGAAUAAAGUCUUAAACUUUUCUUUAAAAAAAAAGAAAACAAAAAAAGAAAACAUCAUGUAUCUGGCAGGCCAGAAUAAUUACUUUGAUCGCUGUAUUAUUUUUAUCUCAAUUCUGGCUGACUGUAUAUAGAUGUAUUCACUAAGUGCUGCAUGUCCUUCGGAACUUCUUUCUGUAUUAUGAACUGGAAAAAAAAAAUACAGCUACUAAACACUCUGA